AAAUAAAUCACAUCAGGCAUUAAAAUACAUGUGAGUUUAAUAGGCAUAAAUAUGAUUAAAUGUUAAUUUCUGUACACACACACACACACACACAACACGAACAGAUGAUAUAUCAGUACAUAUCUAGAUGUGAAUCUCAGGGCAUCUCUGUGCCUGUGGCAGUCCUGUAUCUGUUACCAUGGCGACAGCUCCCAUCCUUCAGUGAUAUAGCAGAGAUCAGACACACAAGAUUUCAUCAAUAUAAACAUUAUAAUCUAGAUAUGUUGUAAAUGUAGUAUAUAUUUUAUAACAGUGCGGUUGUAGACAGCAUGGUUUGUUGUUGUGUAUGAUGUGAACUGACAGCAGGGUUAGUAUUUGGUGUGUGUGUGUCGGAUGAAGGGCUUUCACCAAUCACCAUGGCAACACACGUGUGUUCAUCAGACUCCACUCAUUGUUUAAUGUAAUCUGUUAUAAGAUGCUAAGUUGUCACAUACAUGUGCUUGGUUUUAGGGACCCGUUGACCUGCUCUGCUCCUGUGUGUCUGAAGUGGGACAUCGCCAUCUGGAGGUGAGCCAAGGCAUUAUGGGUAAUCCCACAGGAAGUGUGUGUCUGUGUCCUCCUGCAAACACACACAUACACACACAUAAACACAGACCGCCUGCAGUGCAACUGCUGUCUAUCUGAUCUGAACUGACAUGGCCCUCGAGCAAUGUGUGUGUGUAUGCAUGCACGCAAACGCACAAAAAGAUCCUUUACAUCUCCUGAGCUAUAAUGGAGAAACAUCUGAGCAGUAAGAUUUUUCAGUGGAGUUGAAGACACACGCGUGUUGAUUUAUUCAUGAAGAUCUUCUGGUUUAUUUGAGCGUCUGAUGGCUUUGACACAGAUUUGCACUUUGCUGAUGGUUGUGUCGUGCGCUGGAGAGAUCUCACGUGUUCAUCUGCAGCGGUGUGUUGCUCUGACUGCUGUCAGGUCCUGUUACAUCCAAAAACGGGGGGUCCUUAAAAAACCCAGAUGAGGGGCGAGAUAACAUCUAAACCAGAGGUCCUGAAGAUCUGCUCUCCUGAAGGGUUCAGCUCAUCAAGAAACUGUUUUAUUAUCUAUCAGAGCCUCAUUAAUAAAACACAAUAUUUAUUUUCUGUCUUUAUAGUGCCGAGAGAGAGAGAGAGAGAGAGAGACCUGUGCCAGCCAAUCAGCUUUAAUUCUCAGCUAACAGACACCCCUGCGCAUCCAAUCACAGCUUGUAUGUGAGUGAGUAGGCGUGGCUUGCGUUCCAGCAGGGUUACUAUGCAGCUGUGGGCGGGGCUUGAGCGCUGGAGUGGCAGUGCUGUGGAGCGGAGGAGAGAGACGGCAUUGUGUUAUCCGACUGCGCUGCGUGGAUCUGACUGCAGCUCUGCAUGCUUGCAUGCAUGCACGCGCGUGUGCUCAUGUGUGCCAGCGACUGCUGCAUAGCUUCUUCUUCUUCUUCAUCAUCAUCAUCUUCUUCUUUUUCAUCUGGUGUUCAGCGUAAUUCCACAUCAGCAUCCAGGCACGAUCCUGCUCAUCUGUUGCCGUGGUGAUGGGCUGUCGACUGUCAGGGCCGUGGAUGGGCGACGGGAUGGGGGUUCACGGUCGGGAUUUAAGUCACCUGCAGAAAGGAGAGGCCUUCCGUAUCCUGGCCAGCUAUGAGCAGCCAAUCACGCUUCAGAUUGAGGGACGAGGUGGGCGGAGCCUGCAGUAUAACAGAACGAUGGAAUGCAGUACGCAGACGGAAAGGUCGUGGGAUCCUCUUCGUCUUCACUCGUGUACCGUACCUCGACUGCCGCACUCCGACAGGUCUUACUAUAAUCACAUGACCCUGCCUGUUAACCGUAGAGAUGGAAGCAGGUAUGAAUAUCUGCCGAACACAUCCAGAGACCUACAGCACAGAGAACGAUCGUCAUAUCAUGACCCAGAGUUCUCCAGUAGAACAUCAAAAAGCCAAAACUGUCUGAUCCGCUGCUGUAACAGCAACCUGGAGGAACCCAGAAGCUUCCAGAGUCAGACUGAUGAUGAAGAUUAUAUGAUGGAGAAACCGCUGGGUUACCUCCCCCUACAUCACGAGCUGGACAGCGGACUCGGCUGGACGGACGGCAGUUUUCAUCAGGGUGAAUUAUCUGGGGUGGAGACGGAGGAGGGGCUGGAGGAGUGCCACGCCCACAGAGGAGGAGGAGGAUCACCCUCAUCAGAGUCCUUCAUGUCAUCUGAAUUAAGUGACUCUGGGUUCUACAGCGUCAGCACCGGCGAGUUCCUACGCUUCCAGCGUUUACUCGAGAAACGCAUGCGUCAUUACAAUGCUCGCAUGCACCACCAGGGGGAGUCGUGUUCGCGCGAGCGGAGGGACAGUCAGAUUAAACACCGCGAGCUGGAGGCCAUCCCGGAGGCGUUGACGGUUCAGCCUCAAAACAUCUGCGUACCGACGCUUCCGGGUUUGUCUCGCGUCUCGUCCGUGCAGUACCGUAAGGCGGAGCGUCCGUGUCUGAACAGGCACAGCUCCAGUAGCGGCUCGCUGUUUAAUCCAGCGGUACACUCCACGUGCAGUACGCCAUCCGGCCAGAGGAGGGUGCUGCCUCACCCCAGCUCUGUCGGUAUGCUCAGAAGAAGCAGGACAUUGCAUCACCGUCCUGCGCCGAUGGAGUAUCGCCGACGGGCGAGCCACCCCGCAUCGCCCAACUACUGCAGCGCCACUCUGCAUCACUGUGGCCACAGAAUCGACCCGCCGAUGAAUUUACCUGAAGAACCGGACAUGGCGCUUAUGCACAGUAUGGGUCACCUAACGACACACCCUAUCGCACACCCCGUCGCACACGCUUCACACGCUGUGAGUCAACCGUCUCUGAUCCCUCCAAUUGACGACCACAGUCGUGUUCUGCCUCCAGACCCCAAUGAGGACGACAACAGAAUCCGAGCGUCGACUGAAUCCCACCUGCAGCAGAGGUUUGCUGCGGAGUUACCGUUACCCAGCCGACCGAGCGAAGGGCGAUAUCAUACCCUGAGUCACACGCCCAGUCAAGAAGCCAACGAUACCUGGCCUAAACCCGACUACCGUUCGGGCACAGGAGGCGGAGGCGGUCUCUACAGCACUUUGGAAGGCCACACGCCCACCGCAGCCAUCCGUAAAUCACCCAGCACAAACACGCGGGCGUUUCGAAAUCAGAUGUUGCGAGACAGAGCGUCUCGACUGGCGGACGAGCGUAGCGGCAUGAGCACAGACGAGGAGAGUCACGGCGACAUUCGAAUGGGCCGAUACUGGAGUCGCACCGAGCGUCGCGAACACGUGCUGCAGAAACAGAGACAGCAGCAGGCGAAGGGAGGCGUGGGUUUAGUCGCAGUGGGAGGAGCUUACAUGGAUAAUAGUUACAGUACCGUUCUGGAGCUGAGCCAGAAGAAACUGAGUCGUCUGAGGAACCGGAAGCUGUUCGACGACUGGACGACCGUAGAGGAACUUCUGACUCAUGGAAACCGUCUGGGUGUGAGCGAAGACGCCCUACAGCUGCCAACGUCUUUACUCACCGUCACAACUGUAUAGCGACACUCAUUGAGUGAAUUUAUGGAAAGCCCCUCCUCUCAAUCAUAAAUCUGAUACUCUGGGAAUAAUAUUGGAUAAUCUAUGGACAGAUGUUGGAUCGGGUGUGCAGGGUUAUGAUGGAGAUCAGGCAGCGUGUGUUGUGAAGUGUGACGGUUCUUGCACUAUAACUGUAGUUCGGUAAAGUAUUUUUAAAGCUAUUUUUCUUGUGCUCUUCACAAUUGAUGUCACGAAAAGAAACAAAGAACUUUUUUAAAGAAUUAUAUAUAGAGAAAAACGGCAGUAACAUACUUUGGUGAUCCUGAUAAUGCACUGACGUUUUCGUUUUGUUCUAACGUGCAAAUUUAUGGGAUAUUUUUGGGGCACCUUUCUGCAAACCAGUGGGUUUCAAAUUCAUGAAACACAACCAGAAAAAAAAUUCUGUGUAUAUUUGAUGCAAAUUUUAACAAUUUUACACAGAAAUAUUUGCAUAAUUAGAUCAUUUACAUAAUUAUGGUUUACAAACAUUAAAUGAGUUGACAGUUUACGUAACAAUUAGGGAUGCACCAAUACUGUGCCGAUACCGAUAUUUGAUUACUUAGAAUGAUAUCUACUGAUACAGAUUUGUUUUUUCCCCAUUGUUUCAAAAUAUUAUGUUAUAAAAUCCUAGAAGUGCAGAGCGUACAAAUGUUAACUCAGUUGUCAUGUUCACCCAAAAAAAAGGAUUUGUUUAAAGCAAACAGCUGAUGUCCUAUAUUGGAAACAUUUUUUUAUCUCCCGAUUCCGAUAUUCGAUUACUUCGAGAGAUACAUUUUUUUCUCAUUGUUUUAAAAUAUUAUGAUAUUAAAUACUUGAAUUAACUCAUUGUCACCUAAUUCAAAAUAAUCUGUUUUGAUGUCCAAUAGUGGGAAAAACGGUUUUAUCUGCCAAUACCGUUUAUAGGCUGAUAUAUCGGUGCAUCUAUACCAACAAUUAUUAUUUAAAAAAAAUUUACACAGAAAUUCAUUCAGUUCAAAAACUUUUAUCUGCCGAUACUGAUAUUCAAUUACUUAGAAUGACAUCUGAUCGUUUUUUCCCCCCAUUGUUUCAAAAUAAUGUGUUGAAAUCCUUGAAGUGCAAAGCGUACAAAAGGUAACUCUACUGAUACCGAUAGUUUUGAUAUCUUUUACCAAGUUUCAAAAUAUUAUGUUAUGAAGUGCUAGAAGUGCAAAGCAUACAAAUGGCAACUCUGUUGUCAUUGUCACCCAAAUAAAAAAAAGAUGUUUUUAAGCAACCAGCCGAUGUCUGAUAGUGUGAAAAACCAGCCGAUACUGAUAUUCGAUUACUUGCAUCAACUGAUACCGUUUUUUUUUUUACUCACGGUUUCAAAAUAUUAUGUUGUGAAAUUCUAGAAGUGCAAAGCAUACAAACGUUAACUUUGUUGUCAUUGUCACCUAAUUCAAAAUAAUCUGUUAAUAAGCCGAUGUCUGAUAGUGGGAAAAACUGUUUUAUCUGCCGAUACCGAUUUUAGGCCGAUAUAUCAGUGCAUCCAUACUAACAGUGUUUGUUUUUUUGACACAUUUACACAGAAAUUGAUUCAGUUUGUGUUUCUAGAUUGAGACUCUUGUGUUUGAUCAGAAUCUGUCGUCUCAGUCUUUUCUUCAGCAGUAAAUCAGGAUUUUCUCCCACCUGCACUAUUUUUGGUGCACGAGCACUGAAGUGUUUACAAUUUUUCCUCACAACUGUGACUCUCUGUCUCACUCGCUCUUCAUCAUACUGAGGUGAAAUGGCGACAUUUUCGCUGCUCUGUGAAUAAUGGAUGUGAACGGACCGGACAUCUUCAUAUAACACACAGAUGAACACAAGCCUCUGUUUCACUUUUAGAGAUGAUUUUCUUGGAAUAUGAUGUACAUGUGGUUGUAAUAAAGAUGAGAUUUUAAUUAGA